AUGAAUAAAGAAAGAUAUGGAAGCGAAUUAAAAGAAGAUAUUACGGCUUAUUAUACUAAAAUGAGGAAGAAUGAAUCAAUUGAUAUCUGUAAAUUUUCUACAACAACAUCUUAUCAAAGCUGUGACUCUUUAUCGCCUUCAGAUAAGACAUUUAUAAAAAUAAAUAGUAAUAGUAGCAAAUUGAUAAUUGAUAACUCUGUUAAUAAUCUAAAGGAAUUGAAUUCUUUAAAUAAUAAAGAGACAAUAUUAAUACCAAAAAGGGUUAAUGAAAAUAAAGAGUUAAAACUUGAAAUAUUAAAAAAUAUAGAUAAUAAAGAAGUUAAAAAAGAAAUUUCAGAAAAUAGAAAUAAUAAACCUAUAAAUUUAGAUAAUAAUAAAGAUGGUAUUAAAAUACUUUAUACAAAUACAAAUACAAAUAUAUAUGAUACUGAAGAUUUUUUGGAAUUAAAUAAUAUAAAUUUAAAAUUUAUUUAUGUAAAUGGUAAUAAAUGUGAUGUAGUUCCAAUAAUUGAUGAUAACAAAGAUAUAACUAAGAAAAUGCCAGAAUAUUUUAAAAAUUGUGAAGAAUUAGUAAGAUAUUUUACUGGCAAAGUAAUAAGAUCAUUUAGAUCAUUAUAUUAUAUUAAAAAAAAAUUACAACAAGCAUUAUAUGGUGCUGUUUUUUUAGCAUAUAGAUUAAAAAUAUCAAAAAAUAAGAAUUUGAAUAAAUUAGAGGGAAAUAAUAAAUUUGUAAAUUUAAAUAAAGAGAAGUAUACAAUUAAUAAUAAUUGUGAAUUAUUAGAUAAUAGUACAUUAAUGUAUGAAUUUGAUGAGAAUAAUAAUAUGAUUGCUAUAAAGAUAUUAAAUCUAAAUUUACGUAAAAAGAAACCUUCACUUAUGGAGGAUAUUAAUGCAGAAGUCUCAUUUGCAAAAUUAAUGAUUAAACAUAAGAAUAUCGUUGAAUAUGAUGAAAUUUGGCAAGAUCAUUUUAAAAAUACUUUUAUUAGAAUGCCAUAUGCAGAAUAUGAUGAUUUAUUUGAAGUAAUGAGGAGAAGAAAUAAACCAUUAACAGAAAAUGAGGCUAGAUGGUUAUUUCGUCAAAUUUGUUAUGCUGUACAACAUUUACAUAAUAAUGGAAUUGCAAUGAGGGAUUUAUCUUUAGAAAAUAUAUUAAUGUUUAGUGAAAAGAAUAAUAUAAAUCAAAAUGUGAUAUAUGUUAUGAAACCUGGAGAUUCAAUAAUAAUACCAAAAAUUGCUGAUCCAGGACAAGCAUGUAAAAUAAAAAGUAUUAAUAAGAAUAUAAAUAUAGGAAAUUUUCAAAGAAAUAAUUUAAAUUGUUUAAAAGAUAAUAAAUAUGAUCUUCAAAAAGUUGAAUUUUUAUUUGGUAAAUCAUUUCGUCCACCUGAGGCAUAUGAGAUUAAUACAUUAUAUGAUGCAACUAAAGUAGAUGUAUUUUGUUUAGGAUGGAUGCUUUUAUAUACUUUGACAAAAUUUCAACCAUUUGAAACAUGUAGAAUGAUUACUAAGAAAGUAAAUACAUCUAAUAGAAAUAUUGGAUUUUUAAAUAAUUUAUUAGAGAAAUUAUUAAUAAAUUCAAAGAAUUUAGAAUAUAAUGGUAAAUCUGUGGUUGCAAAAGAUCCAAAUUGGGGAUUUAUAUUAGCAGGUAAAUAUUCUGAAUUAUAUAAAAAGAUUAAUGCAACAAAACUUUCUUCAGAUGUAUUAAAUUUGAUUGAGAAUAUGCUUCAACCUAAUUAUGAAAAACGUUAUUGUAUUUCAAGUGUUAUUAGUCAUCCAUGGAUGAAAUGUGGAGAAUUAGAAUCAAAUAAGACUUGUUUACCAUUAAUGGCAUCAACACUUACAAAAAGACAGGAUAUAUAUAAGAUGAUAAAAAUUGAGAAUGAAAAGAAUAUGAAUAAAGAGUCACUUAAAAAUAUAGCAAAUAUAAAAGAUAAGGAAAAGAUAGAUUCUAAGACAAUAGAAGAUAAUAAUUCAAUUCUUGAAUUAAAAUUUUAUAGUACAAAGAGUAGUAAUACGAAUUCUAAUAUUACCACUAGUACUCCAACAAUGAAUGGAAUAAAUAAUACAAUUUCUUCAAAAAAUGGUUCAAAUACUAUAAAUAGUUUACAUAAUAUUCCAAAAUCCCCCAUAAAUGAUAAGCCAUUAAUUUAUGAAAGGAAAAUGAAUAAUGUAUUACCAAAGAUAAAUUUUGAGAAGAUAUUUGAUCAAAGAUAUAUGUUUGAUAAUAUAGAAAAAGAGAGAUUUAUUCAAACACAAAGAAUAGGUUCAAGAUCUUUAUUAAAAGUAUCAAAAGAUAAGAAGUUAUCAUUAGUUGGAUCAAAUAACUCAAAACCAACUAGUUUUACUAAUACUUUUAAAGAUCAAGAAGAUUACUUUAUAAAGGCAAGAACUUUUAGAUAUAAUACAACAAGAUUACAAUAUCCUUCAAUAAAUAACUUAAAUAUUUCAACUCCAAAUAAUUUAUUUUAUAGAAAUAAUCGUUAUUAUAAUUUAUCUUCAUCAUCAUCAUCAAUUACAGCAGUACCUGUAAGAAGAAAUGAAACUCAAGGUAUAUUAUCAAAUAUAUGGUCAUAUAUAGUAAAUAGUGACUCUUUAGAAAUUAGUAAUAAAAGAAAAUAA